AUUAGAACAAAAAGCUACGAACUAUCAUAGCAGGCCGUCCAGAUGGAUAAAGGGAGGAAGAAGAACUCAGAAGAACGAAGAGAAAGAAGAAAAGGAAUAGGAAGAAGAAAGAAGAAGAAGAAGGAUCGGAGGUGGAGGAGAGGAAGAAGAUGAGACGAAGAAGAAGAAAGGAAGAAGAAGACCCGCCGGCGACCACUUGGAUGAUGACUCUCGCCGGCGACUAAUCCGGCCCCAAGCUGGCAGCAACAUGUCCAGGGAGCGUCGUUCGUAAGCUAAGGGUGAUUUUGUCCUUCCUUAAAAAUUAAUCCUAUUUGAUGUUUAAAAAGCUUAGGGUCCUAUAUACAUUUUCAUAGACAUUGUUCUAAUCGAGUUUUUUUCCUAUUUAAUGUUAAUUAAUUAAUUAAUUACGAAAUUAGGGCUGAGUUAAAAGUAUUUACCAAAAUACUGCUGGAUUAAUCGUGGUCGGGGUAAGUCGCCCAACGGUUGGGCGACUUAUAAGUCGCCAAACGGUUUGGCGACUUAUAAGUCGCCCAACCGUUGGGCGACUUUCCCUUAAGUAAAAAUCGGGGCACGCCCCAAAACAGAACCUUGCGUAAACAUCACUCCCCAAAUCCCCCAAGCCGCACCGACGACAGACGAAGGAAGAAGACGACCGAGCUCGUAUCCAACUCCGGCGAACCUCCAUUUCCGGCCUCCCCACUCCGGCAAACCUUCACCUUCUUCUGCAACACUCCUUCUUCUUUCUUCUAGGUAAAUAAAACUCCAUUUCAUCUCAUUUUGAACUUAGGGUUUUGAAUGUUAAAAAUUUCGAAUUUUUGGAUUAUGAAUUGAUUGUGAAUUAAGUUGUUGUGAAAUAUGGAUAUGUAUGAAAUGUUGAAAUUUGAUUUUAAAUUGAUUGUAAAUUUAAUGUGUAUUUUGACAUUUGGGCAUUUGGGUAGACUUGAAUGUAGCUAAAUUUGGGUAUUGAAAUGUAGACUUGAAUGUAGUUAUCAAAAUUUGUGUAGUUUCAUAUUGAGAUGUGAAUUGUUGGUCAAUUUCGACUUUUGAAUAUAUUACAAUUUUGGUAGCUUUUUUAUUUAGGAAAUUUGAAUGUGUAUAAAGUGUGUAUAUUGAUGCGUACUCAUGAAUUUUGGACAAUGAAUUGUUAUUAGAAUAUGGAUUUCUCAAGCUUCCCAAUCGUGUGUCAUUGAGGAGGGAACUAUUACGAGGAUGCUGGGCAAAUAUGCCAUGAUGGUGGUAGAACCAGCUUUGUCAUGGUUUCUCGUGGCGCUUGCAUGCUCGAGAUCCUUCAAAAAAUACAUGCAGCCACAAUAAUUCAUCCUAGUCGUUCUUUGCGGUUGAAAAUGAAAUUUCCCAUGAACGGGGGAAAGUACAUGCUUAUGCCCCUCAUUGAUGAGCUAGCUAUAACAAAUAUGUGGGGCAUAAUUCAGAUGGAGGAUAUGUCGUCACUGGAGGUAUACAUUGAGGAAUGCUUUGACGUUAAUGCUACUCAAUCGACAUCAAAUGUUGUUGUAUCUAGGCAUGAUGUCAUUGCAGGGGUGAAUGCAGGGAAGUUGUCAAAGGUUCCUGUACUAGACAUGGUUAUACAGGAGGAUGGCAGGUAUUUGCACAAUGGUGCAUCAUUUGUGGAUGGGCAGGGAAGUGAUGAUGAUGUAGACGAGAACAUCAAUGGUGACGACAUGACAGAAUCUGAUGAAGAUGAUGGUGAUACUGUGACAUCAACUGCCCCGUCUAGCCACUUCACUAGAAUGUAUGAUCUCCCUGAAGGCUUUACUGAUGCGUGGAUGAGUGGAUCAGGUGAGAAAAGGUUUACCCCCGAUGGUGAGUUUGAGGUCGGUCAACAGUUUGACAACAAAGAACAAGUCAUCAAUAUGGUGAGCUUGUAUUCUAUCAAACGGAACCAAUUCUAUCGGGUGAUAGAGUCUGAUAAACAAAAAUGGGUGGCACAAUGCAAAAGGAAGAAAGAAUGUCAUUGCCCCUGGAGAAUACGCGCCACAAAGAACAAAGGCAACCUUGACACCUUCACAAUUGUGCGUUAUACUGGACCUCAUUCUGCUUCAUGUGUAGGCAACAUCGACAUUACAAAUCACGUGGCCUUGACAUCAGAAUUCAUCUGUAAAGAUGUGGUUGACAUUAUUCGCACUGAUCCUUCUCUUAAAGUGCAUACUAUCAUCGAGAUGUUGAAGGAAAAAUAUGGGUAUACGGUAUCUUACCGGAGAACAUGGAUGGGGAAGCAAAAGGCCAUAGCACAAAUAUUUGGCGGUUGGGAAAAGUCAUAUUUCGAAUUGCCCCGUUUCAUGACAGCGCUCCAACAUUCUAAUCCAGGAACUGUUGUUCAGUGGUACCCACCCCCCAAUGGUUCCACAGGUUAUAUGAUGUUUCAAAGAGUUUUUUGGGCAUUCAAGGCCUCAAUAUCUGGUUUUAAGCAUUGUCGACCCGUACUUACUAUUGAUGGCACACACAUGUAUGGAAAGUACAAGGGUACAUUGCUCGUGGCCAUGGGUUGUGAUGCGAACAACCAAAUUUUCCCAGUCGCCUUUGCAGUUGUUGAAUCCGAGAAUGGAGAUAGUUGGCCAUGGUUUAUGGCAUGUAUUAGGCAGUUUGUGACUGACAGGGAGUUGUGUGUCAUUUCAGAUAGACAUGGAGGUAUUGUCAGGGCAAUGAAUGAGGUGGGCAGUACAUGGGAGGAGCCUUAUGCGCAUCAUAGGCUUUGCAUCCGCCAUCUUGCAUCAAAUGUGCACACACAUUUCAAAGACAUUCAUUUAAAAAAUCUUUUUGUGUGGACCGCACGGCAACAUCAGAAAAAAAAAAUUGAUGGUGGGCUCAAGAAGAUAGGUGAAAUGAGUAGGGAUGCACGCCAAUUUUUGGCCAACAUUCCUCCAGAAAUGUGGUCGCUGCACCACGAUGGCGGGUAUAGAUACGGUACCAUCACUUCAAAUCUAGCUGAGGUUUUCAAUAGCGUCAUGAAAAAUGCUAGAUAUUUGCCCAUUACCGCGUUGGUCCAGGUGUCUUUUUACCGGGUUAAUGCCUACUUUGUGCAUAGGCGUGAAACCAGUAAAUUGAGGCUCACACAAGGCCACGAGUACUCCCCACACAUCACAGAUUUAAUUGAAAAAAAUAGAGAGAAGGCAAAGCAUCACAUUGUCACUCCAUUUGAUUUAGGGAGAGGUAUAUUUCAGGUGGAAACCGGUUGUGGUGGCCGAACGUUAGGAAAGGGUGGGAGAAAACAAACUGUCCACCUACUAAUUUUGUAUGUUUAUGAAACAGAUCACAUGGAUGCCGUUUAGACCUGAUAUGUUAGCAGAGUUGCCCCCAGCUGGACGAGAGCAUACUCACAUCUGGCGAGCACGUGUCCCGUUGAUAUGUUUUGACAUUGUUGAGCUGCAUUUGCCUGAUAGAGUCAUGCGACAGUUUGGGUUUGAGCAGGUCGUUCCACGUCCUAUCGACACUUAUGUAGAGCUGCAUAAGCUGGAUAGGCGUGGGAAGCAUACAGAGGAUUGGGCACUCAGACAUGUCCGAUACGUGACUAUGUGGGAAAGGAGAGCUGAGCUAGCUGUGGUUGGGACACCCACAUAUGUGCCAUCUGUUUCAGGAGACUACAUGGGAUGGUACUACAGCAUCACUCGGUUAUUUGUGUCUCCUUCGUUCAGACUCCCUACUCAUCAUUAUCAGCCUAGCUCCUUGGCUUUGCAUCUUACGACACGAGCUUUGCAGCGCAUACAUCAGCGGGCUACUGCCACUGUGACUGAUAUUCCUGAUGUGGACAUGUAUGGACAGGCUCUGACAGGCAUUGCCUCGUUGUGCUCAGAUGUGUUGGGCCGAGUAGACUACGGACAUCUUAUACACAUGCCCCCAUCUCAGGAGAUGGCAUCCACAUCUAGUGCAGCCGCGGCUUCAUCAUCCCAGACGCAACAUGAGAGAGUGGUUCUUCAACCACGACAACGCCGUAGGUGUAGACAUGAGCAGCAACAUCUCCAUGACGAAGCUGAUGAUGAGAACUUGUAGUUUGUCUUUUGUAUUGUAGUUUUUGUUAUGCAGUAGAUGUUGUACAAACAAUGUACAAGUUUUGAUGUAUUUUGUCUUGUUAAGUAUUGUAUGGUGUAUUGAUGUGUUCGAGUAUGAAUAUUAGAUGAUUACUUGUUAUGGCAUAUAUGAUGAUUGUAUUGUGUUAUUCCGGUUAUGAUUUGAAGGUUUUU